AUGGCCGAAGUUGCUGAAGUUGCCGAAAUUAGAUAUGAGUCGCUCACGGAUCCUUCAAAGCUUGAGACUCAGCGUGAUCUCUAUAUUAGAAUCAUUCCAGAUAAAGAACACAAAAUUCUCGCUAUUAGAGAUACUGGUAUUGGAAUGACAAAGGCCGAUCUUGUAAAUAAUCUUGGUACAAUCGCUCGUUCUGGUACGAAAGCCUUUAUGGAGGCUCUUCAAUCAGGUGCCGAUAUAUCUAUGAUUGGUCAAUUUGGUGUGGGUUUCUAUUCCGCUUACUUGGUGGCUGAUCGUGUCCAAGUCAUCACAAAACAUAAUGAUGAUGAGCAAUAUAUUUGGGAAUCCGCAGCUGGUGGAUCCUUCACUAUUGCCCGUGAUACAGAAAACGAGAGAAUUGAACGCGGUACAGAAAUUAGACUUUAUCUCAAAGAAGAUCAACUUGAAUAUUUAGAAGAAAAGAAAAUCAAAGAAAUUGUCAAAAAACAUUCUGAAUUUAUCGGUUAUCCCAUCCAACUCGUUGUUGAGAAAGAAGUUGAAAAGGAAGUAGAUGAAGAAAUCGAAGCUAAGGAAGAACUCAAAGAAGAAGUUAAAGAAGAAGGUGCUGAAGAUCAAAAGGUCAAAAUUGAAGAAGAAGAUGAUGAAGAAGAAAAGAAAGAAAAGAAAAAAAAGACCAUUAAAGAACUGAAAAAAGAAACAGAAGAGCUCAAUAAAACAAAGCCACUUUGGACCCGUAAUCCCGAUGAUAUAACGAACGAAGAAUAUUCUUCGUUCUACAAAUCAUUAAGCAACGAUUGGGAAGAACAUUUGGCCGUCAAACACUUUUCCGUGGAAGGUCAACUAGAAUUUCGUGCCAUCCUCUUUGUACCACGUCGUGCUCCAUUUGAUCUCUUUGAAACUAAAAAGAAGCGUAAUAAUAUUAAACUCUACGUUCGACGUGUGUUCAUCAUGGAUGAUUGUGAAGAUUUGAUUCCAGAAUAUCUUAAUUUUGUUAAGGGUAUUGUGGAUUCUGAAGAUUUGCCUCUAAACAUUUCCCGUGAAAUGCUUCAGCAAAACAAGAUUCUCAAAGUUAUUCGCAAGAAUAUUGUCAAGAAAUGUAUGGAACUCUUUUCAGAAAUCAGUGAAGAUAAAGAAAACUUUAAUAAAUUCUAUGAAGCUUUCGCUAAGAAUAUUAAACUUGGUAUUCAUGAGGAUACUCAAAACCGAGCAAAAUUAGCUGAAUUUCUUCGCUACCAUUCAACCAAAUCCGGCGAUGAAGUGACUUCUCUUAAGGAUUACGUAACACGUAUGCCUGAAAAACAAAAGGAUAUUUAUUACAUAACUGGUGAAAAUCGUCAAGCUGUAGAAAAUUCACCUUUUGUUGAAGUUUUGAAGAAACGAGGUUACGAAGUUCUCCUUAUGACUGAUCCAAUUGACGAAUACUGUGUAUCACAACUUAAAGAAUAUGACGGAAAGAAACUUGUAUGUAUUACUAAAGAAGGUCUGGAAUUAGACGAUGACGAAGAGGAGAAAAAGAAACGUGAAGAAGAAGCUAAACAAUUUGAAGAUUUAUGCAAACAGAUUAAAGAAAUUCUCGGUGAUAAAGUCGAAAAGGUUCAAGUAUCAAAUCGUAUUUCCGAAUCACCUUGUGUUCUCGUAACUGGCCAAUAUGGUUGGUCUGCUAACUUUGAACGUAUCAUGAAAGCCCAAGCUCUUCGUGAUUCUAGCAUGGCUUCUUAUAUGGCUUCUAAGAAGAUUAUGGAGAUUAACCCAAAUCAUCCUAUUAUUAAAUCACUUAAAAAUAAAGUUGAAGCCGACAAGAACGAUAAGACCGUUAAAGAUCUUACUUGGCUUCUUUUCGAAACUUCUCUUUUACAAUCUGGUUUCAGUUUGGAAGAACCAUCAUCCUUUGCUGGAAGAAUCUUCAAGAUGAUUAAAUUAGGGCUUGAUAUUAGUGAAGAAGAACCAGAAACGAUGGAAGCUGAUGAAAUCACCCCAGCAGCAGACAAUUGUGCCGAAGAAUCUAAAAUGGAAGAGGUUGACUAA